AUGGCAUCGAAUGAUGGCUCAAGAAGUACUGACCAUCACUCUGACGUCAAUGUUGCCGCCUUGACUUCAACUUCAAUCUUAAAGAAACCACACGCUGUGCGCAAUAAUAAUGAACAUAUGCGGCGUAAUCGUAUUAACAUGGAGAAAAUGAUUAUGAAAAACGUAGCGGCAUCACGUAAUAGCACGAAGAACCGCGCACAACAGAUCGUAGAAGCGCUUAAAAAGAAGCGACAGCUGGAGGAGGCCCCAGUCGAAGCAGAGAGUAAGAGAAAGAAACCGUUGCUUCUACAGACUGAUGCGACAGCUAGAAGUGCCAUUGCAGCGGAUCUUCUCUCCCCUGCUCGGCUCACUGCAAGUGGAGGAGCUCCAGCCUUUACAAGUCCCACUCGACGUCAGAAUUAUCCUAUGAAUUUAAAGAGCCCAACACCGCUCAUGGCAAGUCCCGCACGAGUCCAAGCCGUGAAUCCUCUGCAUUUGUCAAGUCCAGUGCGCUUACCGAGAAGAUCGGUGCAGGCUAGUCCAGCGAGACCAAAGCGGACGGGAACAGUAGCCAGUCCUUUAAGACACAGUGACCUUGUAACGAGUCCACUGAGACACAGGGCCUCUGCGUCUCCUAAGAGACUGCUUAUGUUUGAUGAUAGUACAGGAACGGCAAAUGCAACCUCGUCAACAAAAAUCAAUGGAAACUCGCUGCUACUGUCGUCGGCAUUAGAACAAGUGGAUGUUGUACUAGCUCCCAAGACGAUGAAAGUGACAAAAACUGUAAAGUCACCUUUUCAGUCAUUCCAGGCCAAGUUUAAACAUUCACCUGCCAAACGUACAAAGACGACGAGUAGUUCAGAACGUGAUGUCGCGUUGACUUUACAGGCGGAAUUAAAGUCGCUUGUGCCUCGCAGUGGCCCUAUGUUGGUGGAUCUUUCGCACCCGGGUGAUGCUGUACCGCAACAGACGACGAUUACAACAACGAUAAGUUCUUCGCUUAAAUCUCCUGAAUCGUGCACCACUCCGACCACAGCUGCAGCUCCUGUGGUUUUUCCGCGAAGUGGCGUUGGGGAUCCACCUUUGUCUUCUCCGACACAGCUUUUCACACCAAUGCGCAAGUUUUUCUCCUCCCGACCCGUUGUUGCCCAACGAUCGAUUUGUUUUUCAACGAAAGGUGUAGCUACCGCACUUGAUGUAACACCAGACGGUGAGACUGUUGUAGUUGGCUUUAUGGACGGUUCAGUGCGUCUAUAUGAAAUGGAUAGUAGCGUGCCCAGUGACCGCCAUGGGUAUCUGCUUGGUCACAUUGAUGAACAGUCCACUCAGGGCUCUUCCAAUGUACACUUGCGCGUAAAAAUUCCUUCCGACGGUCGCUAUGUUUUUGUCGGCUGCCGCCAUGGCCCGCGCGUUGUCCUGAGCAUCAAUCUGGAUCGUUACCGUAGCGAGAAAGAUGGCGACGAUGACGACUUUCAGCAAUUCCAAAAGCAUUUUUAUUCUAACGGCAAACUUCGAGGCUUUGCUGAUGUGACCACGUAUAUACCGCCUGCUGAUAUGUUUACUAAAGAGCAGCAAGAAAGCAUGAGAAAACGAUCUGCAUAUUACAUUCUGACUGGUCUUGGAGUAGGCAAUCUGAAUUUAUGGCGCUUUGUGGAGCCGGAACUGCACCAGCAAGAACCGAUUUGGGAACAUUUGCAAAAUUUUGGUGCUGGAGUUUGUAAGGACAAAAAUGUGCGUGUCUGGCCGCUAGAGUUUAAGACGACGUUUUCGAGCUCAAUAGCGAGAAGCAACGAUGAAUCCACUGCAGAAACCUAUGAUACAAGCUUUUUCGGUGGCAUUCACAUGGUGACUACUUACUUUAGCAUUCAAAAUACCUCGGAUAUCAUUGCUAUUCACGGUCAGUAUGCGUAUGGUAUUUCGCUAAUGGGUGAAGCGUACCGAAUCUGUUUUCCAGACCCACCAAGAUUUGCCUCGAGCUCUUGUGAGCGAUUGCCUCGCCAGGAGUUUGAGUUGGAAAAGAUUGGUGGCGGUGGCGGUAGUUCGUCGCGUCGGUCCAACAUCAUGCUUGAAUCACUAUCGGCGAGUGAUGACGGAAAGGCCAUCAUUGCCGUGUCUACGGAGGGCAUUUUUUACUACUCAAACAAUCUACCUGAUGUAGGUUCCAGUGAAGCGGCAGACUUGCGCAUCAUUGGCAAGAAUGCUUCGGAAAACACGUUAUUCAAGACGCCAAUGAGAGUGUAUACGCCACAUAUUACGUUGAAUGGCAAGAAAGCACAGUCCGAAGCUAUGAUGGCCGUGGUAACAAAUCCAGGUAACGAAGAUAUUGAGAAAGACGACGGCUAUAUUAACGUCGACCCUACGGAGGCGUUUGCCGCGCGGUGGUUGGUUCCAAGUCGUGGGAUCAAUUGCUGGGUUUGUGGAGUCCGUAACGUGAGGCACUGGAUAGGACCGCCUGAGUCAAAGACUAAAGAACUACAUCGUGCACAGUUGGCGUGUGACCAAAAAGAAAAGUUAAAAUGCCAGCGGCGGCGAGAAAGAGCAUUGAAGCGAGCAAAGGGUCUUAUUACUCAACCAAAAAUCAGUUGCAACGUUGACGAUGAAGAAACGAAAGUGUGUGGCAAGGCCAAAACGACGCCGUUGCCAAGCGAGAAAAAGGCUGUGGCGCCAAAACACACAAAUGCUCACUUUGAUGCUAAUUCCGACACGGAAGCAGCUCGACCACCAUCAGGCAACAGACGCCAAAUUUGUGGUGUUGAUGAUGAUGGCAACGAGGAUUACACGGGUAGCGACGACAACACCCCUUCUACUGCCUCUCUUGUUAGUGAGCUUGAGCAUCUCAAGAAGCGCAAUGCAGAGAUUAAGACGGAAUGGCAGCGACGGCUGCAGGGAGAGCGGCAACUCCGACGCAAAUGGAAGCAGCGUGAAGAUGAGUUUCUUGGCCAGCUCAACGAUUCGCUAACGAAACUGGAUGCUGCAGAGGUGGAAGUAGAUCGACUUCGAGUGCUGUUGCGCGAUGCCGAAAAGCGUUUUACGUUUGAGAAGGUGCGUCUGGAGCAAGAAAACUCGGUGAAGUCACGGUACGAGCAACUUUGCGAGCACAUGAACGAUAAGAUGGCGCUUGUAGCCGACCAAAAGCGCUUGCUGGAGCAGACAACCCGCAGUCUGCUUGCCGAAGUUGACCGCAACGUUCACGCACUAAGGAAUGCUGUAAUUCUUGAAAAGAGCGAGUGUGUAGUGUGCAAGGAUCAGCAAGCGGUGACAGCGAUUGUGCCUUGCGGUCAUAUGCCUUUUUGCGAGAAGGAUGCCGAAACGUAUCGUCAAAACCAUACGUCAGAAUACCCCACUUGCCCCAUUUGCCAGCAGGAAAUUGUCUCGCUCCUGCGGAUUUAUACAUAG